CAGGUCGCAGCAUUGCGCAGCUCGUUGCUGGUUUCCCUCGCUCCCGUUGUUUAUACCACUAUCAUCAUCCACCCUUCGCCUGCGCAUUUGGUCGCUUCACUGCUGUGCAGUAGUAUCACUCGUUCGCUGCUCGCGUCUACUGCACUACUCUCUCCUUGAGGCCCGAUCAUACUUCUUCAUCAUUCACUUGUGUGUGCGCACAGACUUUUUGCCAGCCCGACAACGACCACUUGACGACCAAGUCACGACACGACCCGACACGAUCGCAUCGCAUAGUCUCUUCAUCCUCGCGCCAUCAUGAUGAACACCGCUAUCGCAUCCGUUGCCCUUUUUGGCACCUCUGCCUUGGCCGGCGCAUAUGGCUACAGCGCAACAGCUGUGGGCAACGCACAUGUCAUCAAUCAAUGCAAUUACCCAGUCAAGCUUUGCAGUGUUCCCUCCAGUGGUGGUGGUCAGGAGCAAGAAGAUAAGAUCCUCGCUGCUGGCGAGUCCUGGUCCCAGCCCUGGACGGAGUUGACGAAUGGCAACGGUUGGUCAAUCAAGCUUUCCAAGACCGAUAACCUGGAUCACAUCCUGCAAUACGAGUACACGUUUCACAACGAUGGUAUUAUCUGGUAUGACCUGAGCUGCGUCGACGGCAAUCCGUGGGACCAGGACUGGCAGAUCACAGCCAACGGCUCAGACUGCAGCCCCAAGCAGCAAGCUUAUCGCUACUCUACCGAUGACGCCUAUGGCAUGCAGUCCUGCAGUCAAGACACAGAGAUUACUGUGACCCUCUGCACAGGCACCUCGGUCGAUGACGGUUCGGCCGUGAACUCUCCUUCCAACAACACUACAGGAUCAACGGCACCUUCCUAUUCGACCCCAUCGAACAACACCGAACCAGCGGCACCUUCCUACGAAGCCCCAGCUUCGAGCUCUACGCCUGCCCCGGAAUACACCCCUAUUGGGUACAACCCCCCUAACGAGGAUACUACUUCCACGACCGAGAAUGCUCCGGUCACGCCAACCACCUUCCUUACAUCUGCCACCACCGAAGCCACUUCAACCGAUGAUUCUGGCGUUGUCAUCAUCACCGAUUUUGUGACUGUGUGGACGACUGCAGAAGCCACGGCGUACCCGAACCGCUUCCGAAGACACGAACACGGCCACGGCAGCCACCAGCACAACGCUUAAGAUGUGCACCGAUCUACACCUGCUUUGCAAAGAACAAGGCAGCAGCUUUAUGACCAUUCAAUUCUCCCUACAUCCUCACCGGGCAGAUUGCUUCACUCGUUCGCACCCGCUGUGAAGGCAUUUUUUUGGCAUGUUUCUUUGUCGAUGCCAACCAGCUCGGCCCCCCUUUUUCCCCUUCCAUGCCGCAAGAGAUUAUAUAUGUGUAUAUAUAUCCCCCCCGGUUUGGAGAUCUUUGUUCUCUUCUUCGAUCCCAGUCUUCGCUACGGCAGACUGUAUAAAAAGAAGCUUUGUUACACAUUGGUCCCCGGAGACGUGCGCAACUGGUGUUGCUGCCGCCGCGGAAACGAAUUGAAUGGCUACGAUCACACGAGCAAAUGGCAGAGUACACAUAUUGCUUAGGAGGACAUCGGUGGAAAUAUACAGGUGUUCACCCCCAGAGAGUUGGCGAUCAGCGAUAGAGAUUCCCCCGUACAUUCGUAUCUUUCGAAAAGAAAAUAAAAG